AUGUCUGCAAAUUUUCCUAUUUCUUUUCACUCUCAUCCAUUGCUCUUCAUUCCAAACCACAACGACCAAGUCAAGCAUGAUUGUUCCUGUUGUAAGAAAUCAUUAUCUGGUCCAAUUUACCACUGCCCCCAUUGUUCCUCUGAAUCAAAAUUUAAACUUCAUAAGAAAUGUGGCGAAGUAGCCCUUGAGAUUGAUCACUCAUACGAGCUUAACCAUCCGCUUACUCUCUUGCCAAAACUACCUGCUCAUCCUGAGAAACGUAGUUGCAAUUUGUGCAAAAUCAAAUGGGACGGAUUUGUUUAUUCUUGCUCUCUUUGCGACAUUGAUCUUUCAAUUAGUGAUUUUGUUUCACCAACGAUCACUGAUGCAAGUCAUGAUCACCCAUGGAGACUUGUAUUCAGAAAAAUGUCAUUUAUGUGUGACUUCUGUGACACUGCCGGUGAUCGCUCCCCCUAUCUUUGUACCGAAUGUAAUCUUCUUGUCCACAAGAAGUGCAUUUCAUUGCCACGCGGCAUCUUGAUAACUCGACAUCAUCAUGGGAUUUAUCUUUCAUAUUCUCUUCGACGAAAUCAAGUUGAAGACUGGACGUGCCGAAUUUGUUACAAUGAAGUUGAUAUGAGGUACGGCUGUUACUGUUCAUCUGUUUCUAAUUGCCAUUAUAUUGCUCAUUCAAACUUGAUUACUGAUGUUAAACAAAUAAAGAUCGGAGAGCAAAUGGUAGCAAGUGAGAUUAGGCAUGCUUACCACAUUCACAAUUUAACACUCGCUUUUAGUGGCGAGAUCAACAAUGACAUCCAAUGUGAUGGGUGUAUGAGGCCUAUCCCAACUCCUUAUUACAGUUGUGAUCAAUGCAAGUUUUUUCUCCAUAAAGAUUGUGCUGAAUUACCUAGAACAAAGCGACAUCCAUUCCACAAGCACUUGCUUACGCUUACGGUCACCAAUCGUAUGACUGUUUAUUCGUGUUCCGGUGCUUGGAAUUGCAUUUGUCUCACUAAAUUAAACGGGGACAAUAAUGCAUAUAGAUGUAUGAAUCAUUGUGAUUUCAUUUUAGAUAUAGGUUGUGCAACACAACCACUCACUGCUUGGUACAAGUAUGACAAACAUGCUCUUACUCUGACUCAUUCUGAUGAUUCUGAUACUUCUAGACUUUUCUGUGAUCUCUGUGAGAAUGAAAGAAGACCAAAUGACUGGUUUUACUGCUGUGAUGAUUGCGACAAUUCUCUUCAUUCCAAUUGUGCUAUUGGGGAUCUCCCAUACAUAAAGCUUGGAAACAAAUUUCGAAUUGGUAGCAACCGACAUGAACGUCCACUUCAAUUCACUUUUUUGAAAAACAUCUGGAAUUGCCCUCCAUGUAAGGUGUGUGGUGAGCUUUGCAAUGGUCAGGCCCUCAAAUGUAAAGAACUUCAACGCAACUUUAGCGUCCACUGGGGAUGCCGUAAAUUUCUCGGUAAUUAA